AGUUGACCAGUAAACACCUUUCGGAAAUCAAAAUUUAUAGACCAAAAAAAAAUAUAAAAAAAAUAUUUACAAAAAAAGUGAAAAAAAAAAUAAUUUAAUUUUGGGAGCUCAAAAUUUGUUGUGAUGGAUCUUUCGAAAGCCGAAAGACAAAGCCCAAACGAUGGGCGCCGGGCGGAUAGCCCGGACUACCUCAGAACCCUGCUGCAGGACCUCCUUUGUUUCUUCAUUCUGCUGUCGGUGGCUCUACUUAUAGUAGCUGGCAUCCUUUUCGUAGUGGAAGACAUGAGCCGGCUGCAGCAACAGCCGCGCCGUGGCCCUGCCCAAUAUCCGACCACUAACGACUCUCAGGUCGCGGCCGGAGCUCUCGAGGAACCCUCCAAGAUGCCAGGGCGGCGAUGCUUCAAUCCGUACAAGUGGAUACGUUUCUUUAACUGCCACAAACGGGUUGAGGUGGGCCAGGAAGCGGAACAACCCCAGCUCCAGGGCCAGGGAGAGGAGACAAAAAAAGAUAAGAAACUGGAGCAGCAGCAGCAGGCAGUAGAGGGACCUGCCCCCACAUAUGGGCCGGCAGUUGACCCUCUGCAUCGGCAGGCUGCCGGAGAUCACCUUGAUCCGGCAGCCGCCAACAAAUACAAAAGACGAAACCCGCAUAUUGACCCGGAGCUGCAGCAUUUGGCCGAUCCUUUUUAUAGCGUUGAAAAGCGCUAAGAUGAUCGGCCAAAUCGCUGAAAGGGCUAUUACAGCCUCAGUUUUUUUUCAAAAACGUCUGAAUGUUAUUUUAUUUCAAACGCAGCUCCGAACUAUUGGGUACUCCCCGAUAGAUUUGUCAACUGAUGUGUAAAAGCCACCGGGCUAGAUUCUAUCGAUGUCGAUUGAGAGAUAGUCCCGGGUAUACAAAACCAAACUCAAAACUACACUUGUAGCCACAUUAUUUGGCAUUCCAGACUAUGAGAUCGGCGCUUUGCUGACCUCAGAUGGCCAUCAAGAGCGCGAAACCAAACAAAGACGUCCAUAUGUAAUACCGAGCGGUACCAGCACACUCUGUUAAUAAAAACUUUUUUUCGUACCGCUUAUAA